AUGGCAAGCAUUCUGGGCGGUGCUAAUGCCAAUGUGUAUUUCCCGAUACCAUUUCCCGACAUCCUAUUGCAAAUGGUGCUGUGUCGUUCCACAAGGGCAAGCUCGCCUGUGCUUGUUGGCUUCGUGAAAACCCGGACUCCUGGAUACUCAGAGGAGCCGGGCAUGUCCCAAAUCAUUGCUCGCGGGGUCUGUCCUGAUCCAAUGAAAAAGGCGAGUCCAGAAAUUGCUAGUAAACAGGACAUCCCAGUCACUGAUGAUGGCUCUGGGCAGUCCAUGUUCGUUCAGCUUGGCACCAAAUGGACCAUUCCGGAUUAUAGGUCGAUUAUGACCAUCACUGAGUCAUAUUCCCCAUCCCAGUCCUUGGACAAUGGGAGUGUGCCUACAAAGUCUAUUCCAAUGGCCUCUCAAGGUUGGGAGGCCACCAGACACACAGAAUGUUCACACAUUGAUAGUGUUUUAUCUGCACCCAGGCAUCUUUCCCCGACCUUGAUGUCAGCUGGUCUAACAGUUCUGUCUCGUGCAGGUGACUCUUCUCCUGGUCCCUCCCCUCCAUUCAUUCGGCAGGGCUUUUGGUCCAUGGUCGAUCGUUUGAUCGUUGGCCCAUUCCUGGGCCGAGGUGCCUGUGUGGGGCCAACAUACUUCUCCCAGUAUGCUUGUUUCUCCUUGGGCCAAUCUGAGUUUGGAGAGGCCAUAGAGCGACCCUGGUGCUACGGCGCAGGGAUAGGGCUUCCGCCUCAGCUCCCACAAGCAUGGGCAUACUUGCCAGUCCCGACGUGUCAACAAUUGGGGGAAGAGUGGGAAGUGGGCUCUCAAGUGCUCCUCUGGAUACGAGUGGAAAGUCGUCCCAAGGGGAUUGCUACUGAGAAAGAUUCCUCUAGUGAAAGUGGAGCGAAAGUGAGAAACAGAAAAAUGAACAUGCUGACAUUGAAAAGAGCACGCACCAAUGGACCUUGGAGGACUAGGACAGGACAUGCGGAGGAUGGGCGACGGAUCCUAGGGAAGUGCGAUGAAGUGCGAUGUAACGCGCUCAAACAUGCUGGUACGCGCCAAAGCGCAUAUGUGCCUAAUCAGGAAGGUGCGAACAGGCAGUAG